UGUAAAGCAAGACACCUCUGGAGAUGCGCACCUAAGAAAACGGCCUCGAUUCAAGCAGAACAGGUCUACCAGAUCUGCUACAGGACUUGUUGCCAGUGGAAGCAAAGAAAAGAAGGAGAAAAUUACUUCACAUCAGUGCAGGUCCAACUUCAGUGACAGAUCUGGUGGCCUUGGAGUGGCUGAAGACCACCACCCUCCACAGGCCUGCGCCCAAGCACAGCUAUCCUUCUUUUUCUUGAGUGAGAUUCCUCAGCAUGCUGUUUACAUAAUUGGCAGAAACUGUAGUUGCAAAGGGGGCUGAAUGACUACUGGACUUUAUAUGAAAACACCAUCUUUCAGGCAAGGCUGGGAUAGGGGCAUAUUAUUUGGCUUUGCCUUUAUCUUGAACCAUGAUUGGCUCUACAACUAAAGCAAAAGCUAGAGAAGAGUCUGGGGCUUCCUUGAAACCUGGAAGCAAAAGCCUUGCCAAUGCUAAAGAAAAAGCUAAGAGUCAGACCAAGAAAGUGGUUGCAACAGAACUAAAAGAAUUGGGGAGCCAGGCUGAGGCUAGGGAUGAAGCAAUGGCCAGGACACAAACAGUGACUCGCACUGAGCCUGAGACUGUGACAUGGAAAGUAAAAAAAAAGAAAGACAGGACUAAUACUGGAGUCAAGGAUCAUACUAAGAUAGAGCUCUGGGCAGAGCCUGCGUUAGUUCCUCACACCAAGGCAGAUGACUUGCCUAUGUCUGUGGUCAUUACUGUAACCAAGUCUGAAAUCAGGGUUGACACUGGUAUUGAAGCAUCUGUCAAGUACUCUUCCAAGGCUAGUGAUACGGGCAGUAUGAAGCACAUACCAGAGAAAAAGAAAGAGACCCUUGUCAGAUCCGGGACUGGGGACAAGGCUAGUAUUGUCAUCAACACCACUGAUGAGGAUGAAGAAUAUGUGUGCUCCUGGUUUUGGACUGGAGAAGAGCCUAGUGUAGGGUCCUGGUUCUGGCCUAAAGAAGAAACACCUCUUCAAGUUUAUCAGCCCCCACCUAAGGUUGAGAAAGAACCCGAACCCACAGACAAAUUUGACUUUACUUUAAAAAGAAAAGCAGCAGCAUGGGCAAGGGGCAGGUUUAUUGUCCUAGUCCCAGUUGAGGAAUGUGAGCAAUCUUUACCCCCAGAAGGGAACUGGACUCUGGUUGCGACCUUAAUUGAAACUCCUCUGGGUAUUCGACCAUUGACCAAGAUCCCACCUUUUGAAGGACCUUACUUCCAGACUCUAGCUGAAAUAAAAAAUCAAAUCCGGGAAAGAGAGAAGUAUGGACCCAAUCCAAAGGCCUGCCGCUGUAAAUCGCGUACCUUUAGUUUAGAGCCUAUAGAGUUUGAUAAGCUUGUUGCCCUACUUAAGUUAACUAGGGAUCCUUUUAUUCAUCAGAUAGCUACAAUGAUAAUGGGCAUCAGCCCUGCUUACCCAUUUACUCAAGAUAUCGUUCAUGAUGUUGGUAUUACUGUUAUGAUUGAAAAUUUUGUCAAUAACCCGAAUGCUGAAAAGUACUGUAGAACUUUAAAUGUGAGUGCCAGCGCUGACACUUCUGAAGAAGCAAAAGACAAUGAAGCACAUGUGGAUAAGGUUUGUAGGGACAUACUCUCAUGUCCUUUGAACUGCUCGGUACAAGUGGAGGAGCUGAAACUGUUAGCGAGUCUGAGUAUGAAAUUUGAGUAUCACCAUGUGAUUAUCAAUUAUGUUCGCUAUUUCAUUACGAUGUUAAGCAAAGGAAGUGUCAAAAUCAAGUUUCAGAUUUUAAGAGUCAUUCUGUAUUUGUCAAAAAACCAAGCCAAUACAAGAGAGCUGAUCAGUGCUGAAGUGUUGUCGUCACUGAUUGCUCUGUUUCACAAGAAUGAGUCAAAGGCUAAUAUCCUGCAUAUCAUCAACAUAUUUGAGAAUAUAAAUUUCCAAUUCAAAAAGAGGGCAAAGCUGUUUACCAAAGAAAUGUUCACUAAGUCUGAGCUUAUUUCCAUAUUCCAGGAGGCAAAACAGUUUGACCAGAAACUCCAAGACUUGGCAGAUCACAGUGACCCUGAUGUGAGAGAUAAAGUUAUCCGGUUAAUACUCAAACUCUGAAUAGCUGUAUAUUCUCACAAAGCCUUGAGCAUUUCUGUCUUUCCAGUGUAAAUCUAAUGUAUAUUGUAAUUAUAAAUUUGAUACUUAUGCUCUCUGUGUUGAGGGAGGCAAUCUUAUGGAUGCUAGUCAUCUUGAGAGAUUGAACACUUGCUGGUGAGAUAUUUUUGGAAUUUCUGUAAUGUAACCCCAUACUGAACCUAUUCGUCCUAAAAAAGCUAUAUUUCUGUGCAUUAUAUUGAUAUGAGUGUAUUUUCGUAUUCCGUUUGCGUGUUUUUAAUAAAGUUGCAUGCUAAAGCUGA